AUGGUUCCUCCGGUCUGGACUCUGCUGCUGCUGGUGGGGGCUGCCCAUCUCAGGAGAGAGAAGCCUCUGGACAAGAAGCUGGUUGUUCGCAGCUCUAGGGACAACUACGUCCUCACCCAGUGUGAUUUUGAGGACGACGCCAAACCCCUCUGUGACUGGUCCCAAGUGUCCGCAGAUGAUGGAGACUGGGUUCGAGCCAGCGGGCCCUUUCCCACCAGCACCACCGGGCCUCCCGGGGGGUACCCCAAUGGAGAGGGCAGCUAUCUGCAUAUGGAAUCGAACAACUUCCACCGUGGGGGCGUGGCCCGCCUGCGCAGCCCCAACCUAUGGGAGCAAGGCCCCCUCUGCGUGAACUUCGCCUACCACAUGUUUGGGCUGUCUUGGGGCGCCCAGCUCAGGCUGCUGCUGCUCUCGGGGGAAGAGGGCCACCGCCCCCAUGUGCUCUGGAAACACCGGAACACCCAGAGACCCUCCUGGAUCCCCACCACCGUCACUGUGCCCGCAGGGUUCACUCUGCCCACCCGGCUGAUGUUUGAGGGAACACGGGGUAGCGCUGCCUACCUGGACAUUGCCCUGGAUGCCCUCUCUAUUCGCCGGGGCUCCUGCAAUCGUGUCUGUAUGAUGCAAACAUGCAGCUUUGAUAUUCCAAAUGACCUCUGUGACUGGACCUGGAUCCCAACUGCCUCCGGGGCCAAGUGGACUCAGAAGAAAGGGUCGUCGGGAAAGCCAGGCGUGGGGCCUGAUGGCGACUUCUCUAGCCCUGGUAGUGGCCACUACAUGCUCCUGGACCCCAAGAAUGCAAGACCCGGACAGAAAGCCGUCCUCCUGAGCCCCGUGAGCCCGUCCUCCGGCUGUCUGAGCUUUUCCUUCCACUACGUCCUCCGGGGCCAAUCUCCUGGUGCAGCCCUCCACGUUUACGCUUCCGUCUUGGGGAGCAUCCGGAAACACACUCUCUUCUCAGGACAACCUGGGCCCAACUGGCAGGCUGUUUCUGUCAAUUACACAGCUGUGGGACGGAUACAGUUCACCGUGGUGGGCGUUUUUGGAAAGACCCCAGAGCCAGCUGUGGCAGUCGAUGCAACCAGCAUUGCUCCUUGUGGGGAGGGCUUUCCUCAGUGUGACUUUGAAGACAACGCCCAUCCCUUCUGUGACUGGGUCCAGACUUCCGGGGAUGGUGGACACUGGGCCCUCGGACAUAAAAAUGGACCCAUCCAUGGCAUGGGCCCCAUGGGAGGUUUCCCUAAUGCAGGGAGUCACUAUAUCUACCUUGAAGCUGACAAGUUCUCCCAGGCAGGGCAGUCGGCCAGACUGGUGAGCCGGCCCUUCUGCGCCCCGGGUGACAUCUGCGUGGAGUUCGCGUACCACAUGUAUGGCCUUGGGGAGGGUACCAUGCUCGAACUCCUCCUGGGAAGUCCUGCGGGGAGCCCUCCGAUUCCUCUCUGGAAACGCGUGGGGUCUCAGCGCCCUUACUGGCAGAACACCUCCGUCACCAUCCCCUCAGGACACCAACAGCCCAUGCAGCUGAUUUUCAAGGCCAUCUGGGGCAGCAACAUGGCCUUUGUGGUUGCUAUGGGUUUCAUCUUGAUCAAUCCUGGGACUUGUCCAGUGAAAGUGCUACCAGAGCUUCCUCCCAUAUCUCCAGUUUCUUCCACUGGCCCUUCUGAAACCACCGGCUUCACAGAAAAUCCUACAGUUUCCAUAGAAAAACCCACCGUCACCACAGAAAAGCCCACAGUCCCCAAAGAAAAGCCCACCAUUCCCUUAGAAAAGCCCACCAUCCCUACCGAAGAGCCCUCUCUCCCCCCAGGAAAACCCACUGUCCCCGCAGAAGAGCCCACCACCACCACUGAGGAGACCACCAUCUCCACAGAAGAGCCUGCUAUCCCCACAGAAAAACCCACUGUCCCCACGGAAAAACCCACUGUCCCCACGGAAAAACCCACUGUCCCCAUGGAAAAACCCACUAUCCCCACUGAAGAAACCACCACCUCCAUUGAAGAGACUACCAUCUCCACAGAAAAACCCACCAUCCCCGUGGAAAAACCCACCAUCCCCACGGAAAAACCCACCAUCUCCACGGAAAAACCCACCAUCUCCACGGAAAAACCCACCAUCCCCACGGAAAAACCCACCAUCCCCACGGAAAAACCCACCAUCCCCACGGAAAAACCCACCAUCCCCGCGGAAAAACCCACCAUCUCCGCGGAAAAACCCACCAUCUCCACGGAAAAACCCACUAUCUCCACGGAAAAACCCACCAUCUCCACGGAAAAACCCACCAUCCCCACAGAAAAACCCACCAUCUCCACAGAAAAACCCACCAUCCCCACAGAAAAACCCACCAUCCACACAGAAAAACCCACCAUCUCCACAGAAAAACCCACCAUCCCCACAGAAAAACCCACCAUCUCCACAGAAAAACCCACCAUCUCCACAGAAAAACCCACCAUCUCCACAGAAAAACUCACCAUCUCCACAGAAAAACUCACCAUCCCCACGGAGAAACCCACCAUCCCUACAGAGAAGCUCACAGCCCUGAGGCCACCCCAUCCCAGUCCCACAGCCACUGGGCUGGCAGCCUUGGUGAUGUCUCCACAUGCUCCAACUGCCCCUAUGACCAGUGUGAUCCUGGACACUACCACACCCCCCAGACCCAAUACAGAGCGCUGCCCCCCAAAUGCACACUACGAAUCCUGUGCUUGUCCUGCUUCGUGCAAGAGUCCCAGGCCUAGCUGUGGGCCGCUCUGUCGGGGGGGCUGUGUCUGCAACCUUGGCUUUUUGUUUAGUGACAACCACUGCAUCCAGGCCUCUUCCUGCAAUUGCUUCUACAACAACAACUACUAUAAGCCUGGGGCAGAGUGGUUCAGCCCCAACUGCACAGAACGUUGCCGCUGUUGGCCAGGGAGUCGGGUCGAGUGCCAAAUCUCUCAGUGCGGGACACACACUGUGUGCCAGCUUAAGAAUGGCCAGUACGGAUGCCACCCCUAUGCAGGCACUGCCACCUGCUUGGUCUACGGAGAUCCUCACUAUGUCACCUUUGAUGGGAGGCACUUUGGCUUCAUGGGCAGGUGCUCUUACAUCUUGGCCCAACCCUGUGGCAACUCAACAGACCCAUUCUUCAGGGUGACAGCCAAGAAUGAGGAGCAGGGACAGGAAGGCGUGUCCUGCCUAAGCAAAGUCUACGUGACCCUUCCCGAGACCACUGUCACCCUGCUUAAGGGCAGACGUACUCUGGUUGAGGGUCAGCGAGUUACUCUCCCAGCCAUACCCUCUAAAGGCGUCUUCCUGGGUGCAAGCGGGAGAUUUGUGGAGUUGCAGACGGAGUUCGGUUUGCGGGUGAGAUGGGAUGGUGGCCAGCAGCUGUAUGUGACUGUGUCCAGCACCUACUCUGGCAAACUCUGUGGUUUGUGUGGAAACUAUGAUGGCAACAGUGACAAUGACCACCUGAAGUCGGACGGCAGCCCAGCAAGAGACAAGGAGGAGCUGGGGAACAGCUGGCAGACGGACCAGGACGAGGACCAGGAGUGUCAGAAGCACCAGGUGGUGAAUCCCCCGUCUUGUGAUUCAUCUCUGCAGAGCAGCAUGUCAGGGCCAGGAUUCUGUGGACGGCUGGUCGACACCCGUGGCCCGUUUGAGACAUGCCUGCUGCAUGUGAAGGCCACUUCCUUCUUCGACAGCUGCAUGCUUGAUAUGUGCAGAUUCCAGGGACUGCAGCACUUGCUGUGCACACACAUGUCCACCAUGACUACCACCUGCCAGGACGCAGGCCAUGCUGUGAAGCCCUGGAGGGAACCCCACUUCUGCCCAAUGGCUUGCCCGCCCAACAGCAAGUACUCUCUGUGUGCCAAGCCAUGCCCUGACACCUGCCAUUCAGGAUUCACCGGCAUGUUCUGCUCAGACCGGUGCGUGGAGGCCUGUGAAUGCAAUCCAGGCUUCGUCCUCAGUGGCCUCGAGUGCGUACCUCGCUCCCAAUGUGGGUGCCUCCACCCUGCAGGCAGCUACUUCAAGGUAGGGGAGCGGUGGUACAAGCUGGGCUGCAAAGAGCUGUGCGUCUGUGAAAGCAACAACAGAAUUCGCUGCCAGCCCUGGAGGUGUAGGGCCCAGGAGUUCUGUGGCCUGCAGAAUGGUAUCUAUGGCUGCCAUGCCCAAGGUGCCGCCACCUGCACGGCCUCGGGCGACCCCCACUACCUGACCUUCGAUGGCGCCCUGCACCACUUCAUGGGCACCUGCACCUAUGUCCUGACCCGGCCUUGCUGGUCCAGGUCCCAAGACAGCUAUUUUGUUGUGAGCGCCACCAACGAGAACCGCGGGGGGAACCUGGAGGUCUCCUACAUCAAAGCUGUCCACGUGACGGUCUUUGACCUCAGCAUCUCACUGCUCAGAGGCUGUAAGGUCAUGCUGAAUGGCCAUCGGGUGGCCCUACCUGUGUGGCCUGCACAAGGCCGGGUGACCAUAAGGCUCAGCAGCAACUUUGUCCUCCUCUACACAAACUUUGGGCUCCAAGUUCGCUACGAUGGGAGCCACUUGGUGGAAGUGACAGUCCCCUCCUCCUAUGGCGGCCAGCUCUGUGGGCUGUGCGGGAACUACAACAACAACAGCUUGGAUGACAACCAGCGCCCUGACAGAAAGCCUGCGGGCGAUUCCGUGCAGCUGGGGGCAGCCUGGAAGUUACCUGAAUCCUCUGAACCUGGCUGUUUCCUUGUGGGUGGCAAGCCCUCCAGCUGCCAGGAGAACAGCAUGGCAGAUGCCUGGAACAAGAACUGUGCGAUCUUAAUAAACCCUCAGGGACCCUUCUCUCAAUGUCAUCAGGUGGUGCCUCCCCAGUCCAGCUUUGCCAGUUGCGUGCAUGGCCAGUGUGGGACCAGGGGCGACACCACGGCCCUGUGCCGCUCCCUGCAGGCUUACGCGUCCCUGUGUGCCCGGGCUGGCCAGGCUCCUGCCUGGCGGAACAGAACUUUCUGCCCUAUGAGGUGCCCACCUGGCAGCAGCUAUAGCCCCUGUGGCAGCCCCUGCCCAGCCACCUGCAGCAGCAUAAACGACCCGAGGGACUGCCCCAAAGCACUGCCCUGUGCUGAGAGCUGCGAAUGUCAGAAAGGCUACAUCUUGAGUGGAACCUCCUGCGUGCCCCUUGGCCAGUGUGGCUGCACCGACCCAGCAGGCUCCUACCAUCCGGUUGGGGAGCGCUGGUACACAGAGGACACCUGCACCAGGCUCUGCACCUGCUCUAUCCACAACAACAUCACCUGCUUCCAAAGCACCUGUAAACCCAACCAGAUGUGCUGGGCCCUGGAUGGGCUACUCCGUUGUCGGGUCUCAGGUAUGGGAGUGUGUCAGCUCCCAGGGGAGUCCCACUACAUGAGCUUUGAUGGUAGCAACCAUUCUAUCCCGGACGCCUGCCCUCACGUCCUGGUGAAAGUGUGCCACCCCGCCAUGGCCUUGCCGUUCUUCAAGAUCAGUGCCAAGCAUGAGAAGGAGGAAGGUGGAACUGAGGCUUUCCGCCUUCAUGAGGUCUACAUUGACAUCUAUGAUGCCCAGGUCACCCUGCAGAAGGGCCGCCAUGUGCUGAUCAACAGCAAAAAGGUCACCCUCCCCGCAAUCUCCCAGAUCCCCGGGGUCAGUGUCAAGUCCAGCAGCAUCUACACCAUUGUUAACAUCAAGAUCGGGGUGCAAGUCAAGUUUGACGGGAAUCGUCUCUUAGAGAUUGAACUCCCCACAACCUACUAUGGAAAGGUCUGCGGCGUGUGCGGGAACUUCAAUGAUGAGGAAGAGGAUGAACUAAUGAUGCCCAGCGACGAACUAGCGCAUAGUGAUAGUGAAUUUGUGAACAGUUGGAAAGACAAGGACAUUGACCCAAGUUGUCAGAGUCUCCCGGUAGAUGAGCAGCAGAUUCCAGCGGAACAGCAGGAGAACUCGAGUGGAAACUGCAGGGCGGCCGACCUCCGCAGGGCGCGGGAAAAGUGCGAGGCAGCGCUCCGGGCUCCCGUGUGGGCCCAGUGCGCCUCCCGCAUAGACCUCACGCCCUUCCUGGUGGGCUGUACGUACACCCUGUGUGAGUUUGGAGGUCUCCACCAGGCCCUCUGCCAGGCUCUGCAAGACUUUGGGGCCACCUGCCAGAGCCAGGGCCUCAAGCCCCCACUCUGGAGAAACAGCAGCUUCUGCCCUCUGGAAUGCCCUGCCUACAGCAGCUACACCAACUGCCUUCCCUCCUGCUCACCCUCCUGCUGGGACCUGGAUGGCCGGUGUGAGGGCGCCAAAGUCCCCUCUGCCUGUGCUGAGGGCUGCAUUUGUCAGCCCGGCUAUGUGCUGAGUGAGGACAAGUGUGUCCCCAGAAGUCAGUGCGGCUGCAAGGAUGCCCAUGGUGGCUCCAUCCCUCUGGGCAAAAGCUGGGUCUCCCGUGGUUGCACGGAGAAGUGUGUCUGCACAGGAGGAGCCAUUCAGUGCGGGGACUUCCGAUGCCCCUCUGGGUCCCACUGCCAGCUCAGUUCUGACAACAGCAAGAGCAAUUGUGUCUCAGACAAGUCUGAACAAUGCUCAGUCUACGGGGACCCCCAUUACCUCACGUUUGACGGCUUCAGCUACCGCCUCCAGGGCCGCAUGACCUAUGUUCUGAUCAAGACUGUGGAUGUACUGCCUGAGGGAGUGGAGCCCCUCCUCGUGGAGGGACGCAACAAGAUGGAUCCGCGCAGGAGCUCCACCUUCUUGCAAGAAGUGAUUACCACCGUCUAUGGCUAUAAAGUGCAGCUCCAAGCUGGUCUGGAGCUUGUGGUCAACAACCAGAAGAUGGCUGUCCCCUACAGGCCGAAUGAGCACCUGAGGGUCACCCUGCGGGGCCAACGCCUCUACCUGGUCACCGACUUUGAGCUGGUCAUCAGUUUCGGUGGAAGGAAAAAUGCAGUGAUCUCCCUACCCAGCAUGUACGAGGGGCUCGUGCGUGGCCUGUGUGGAAACUACGACAAGAACCGCAAGAAUGACAUGAUGCUGCCCAGUGGCGCCCUGACCCAGAACCUCAACACCUUUGGCAACAGCUGGGAGGUGAAGACCGAGGAUGUCCUCCUCCGAUUGCCCAGGGCUAUACCAGUGGAGGAAAGACGAGGGGUGGAACUGAGCUUCCACGUGUCCGAAUGUAGCCCGGAGCAGCUGGCGAGCAACAGCACCCAGGCCUGUAGGGUGCUGGCAGACCCCCAGGGCCCAUUUGCUGCCUGUCACCAGACAGUGGCUGCAGAGCCCUUCCAGGAGCACUGCAUGCUGGAUCUGUGCUCCACUCAGGACCCAAGAGAGCAAGAGGAGCUGCGCUGCCAGGUCCUCAGUGGGUACGCCAUCCUCUGCCAAGAGGCGGGCACUGUCCUGGCUGGCUGGCGGGACCGCACCCUCUGCGCCAUGGAGUGUCCAGCAGGUACCAUGUAUCAGAGCUGUAUGACACCCUGCCCAGCGUCCUGUGCCAACCUGCCGGACCCCGGGGACUGCGAAGGCCCCUGCGUGGAAGGCUGUGCCAGCAUCCCAGGCUAUGCCUACAGCGGCACCCAGAGCCUCCCGCUGGCUGACUGUGGUUGCACCAGCAAUGGCAUCUACUACCAGCUGGGCAGCAGCUUUGUGACUGAGGACUGCUCUCAGCGCUGCACCUGUGCCACCUCACGGAUCCUGCUGUGCGAGCCAUUCAGCUGCAGAGAGGGGGAGGUCUGCACCCUGGGGAACCACACCCGAGGCUGCUUUCCAGAAAGCCCGUGUCUGCGGAACCCCUGUCAGAAUGAUGGGCAGUGUCAGGAGCAGGGAGCCACCUUCACCUGCGAGUGUGAAGUUGGUUAUGGAGGAGACCUUUGUACGGAGCCUCGAGAUGUGCCAGCUCCCAGAAAGCCAGCAUCUGACCCGGUGGCCGUCCUACUGGGACUGCUGGUGCCUGUGGUGGUUGUAGUACUGGCCGUGACCAGAGAGUGCAUUUAUAGAAUGAGGAGGAAGAGAGAGAAAAUGCAGGGCCAGGAGGGAGACAGACUGGCCAGGCUGGUGGACACAGAUAUUGUUCUGGACUGUGCCGGUUAAGUUGCUCAGUUUUGAAUUGUCUUCAAACAAGAAGAUUAAAU